AACACAGGAAGGAUUCCAAAGUCCUAAUCAGAAAUCAGUAGAAAAAAACGAAGACGCAUCUGCAACAGACACACCGAGGCAGGCGCGAUGACAUCCAGUAAAAUCGAACUCCCUGGUGAAGUGAAGACCGACGCCGAUGCCGCUGCGCUCAUGGCAUCUCUCCAGCUGAUGCCCUCGCCCGUGCCCAACGCGGAUAUCAAGUACACCAAGAUUUUCAUCAACAAUGAGUGGCAAGACUCUGUGAGCGGAAAGACCUUCCCAGUCUACAACCCAGCCAGCGGAGAGCAGAUCUGUGAGGUCCAAGAAGCAGAGAAGGCUGAUGUGGACAAGGCGGUGCAGGCGGCCCGGCUGGCCUUCACCCUUGGUUCAGUGUGGCGGAGGAUGGAUGCGUCAGAAAGGGGUAGACUGCUGGCUAAACUGGCUGACCUGGUGGAGAGGGACAGUGCCUAUCUAGCAACUAUAGAGUCCAUGGACAGUGGGAAGCCUUUCCUGCCCACCCUGUUUGUGGACCUCCAGGGAACCAUAAAGACGCUCAGAUACUAUGCUGGAUACGCAGACAAGAUCCAUGGAACGUCCAUUCCAAUGGAUGGAGACUAUCUUACGUUCACUAGACACGAGCCCAUAGGAGUGUGUGGACAGAUCAUCCCUUGGAACUUCCCACUGAUGAUGACUGCGUGGAAGCUAGGUCCAGCACUGGCCUGUGGGAACACGGUGGUCCUGAAGCCUGCUGAGCAGACCCCCCUCACCUGCCUGUACAUCGGAUCUCUGGUCAAAGAGGCCGGGUUUCCACCGGGAGUCGUCAAUAUUUUGCCAGGAUUCGGGCCAACGGCAGGAGCUGCGAUAGCUUCGCACAUGGGCAUAGACAAAGUGGCUUUCACAGGAUCAACUGAGGUCGGCAAGCUGAUCCAAGAAGCAGCUGGGAAGAGUAAUUUGAAGAGAGUAACGCUGGAGCUAGGAGGAAAGAAUCCCAACAUUAUUUUUGCAGACGCUGAUUUGGAUCUAGCUGUGGAGCAGGCCCACCAGGGAGUGUUCUUCAAUGCAGGCCAGUGCUGCACUGCAGGCUCUCGUAUCUUCGUGGAAGAGCCCAUCUAUGAGGAGUUUGUGCGCAGGAGUGUGGAGAGGGCCAAGAGGAGGACAGUAGGAAGCCCCUUCGAUCCCACCACGGAGCAGGGUCCACAGAUCAGCCAGGAGCAGCAGAGCCGCGUGCUGGAGUUUAUUCAAAGUGGCAUCAGUGAGGGAGCCAGGCUGGAGUGUGGAGGCAAAGCCCUGGGCCUGAAAGGAUUCUUCAUCGAGCCCACUGUCUUCUCCAAUGUCAAAGAUGACAUGCGCAUCGCAAAAGAGGAGAUCUUUGGACCAGUUCAGCAGAUCAUGAAGUUCAAGACUAUUGAUGAGGUGAUUGAAAGGGCCAACAACACAGAGUACGGCCUGGUGGCAGCUGUGUUCACCAGCGAUAUCACCAAAGCCAUGACCAUCUCCACAGCCAUGCAGGCUGGCACCGUCUGGAUAAACUGUUUCAAUGCCCUGAGCACGCAGUGUCCAUUUGGAGGAUAUAAAAUGUCUGGCAACGGGCGUGAAUUGGGGGAUUGUGGCCUGAAGGAAUACUCAGAGGUGAAGACCAUCACCAUAAAGAUCUCAGCUAAGAACUCCUAAGGCGGCCGGCCACACUACAUGUAGUGGAAGAGGACUUCCUCUGAGGCGCACCACUGACCCUCUGGGUGUCUGUCUGUGGUGGUAAAAC